GGUGAGAAUCAAUUUAUGAAAAUAGAUGAAUAAAAAAGACAUUUGCCGAGGCAACACAAUAUACGCUAACCUCACUAUGCGAUUACGGCAUUUCGUCCGUAAAGUAAUUACAAAUUUGUAUUCGACUAAUAUUUAAACGUGCCUUUUCAACAGUGUCUAUUUUUGUAUAUUUAUAGAUAAAACAUUCGGGUACAUCGAUUUAUAUAAUUUUUUGUUGAUACAAAGAGUGAAUAAUCUGUGCUUGAUCUUUUAUAUAGUAAACAUUUAUUAUGCUGCUAUAAAACAAUAUUUCUUAUAACAAAUGUUAUAUAAUCCUAUACAAAAUACUUAAACAUAUUUAUUAUUUAUCAGAAUAAUAGUAAAUGAAUAUUUUGUUUACUCAUGUUUUAUCUCUAUAUCAGAACUUAUAGAAACAGAAUAUAUACAAAUUAUUGAUCAAAAGUAAGAAACAAGGAAUCAAAUAAAAUGAUGUAUGAGCAAACUUUUUUAAUUGAUAAAAAUGUUCCUUGUAUUACUGAGUUGUUUAGUAAAACUUUUCGAAUAGUGACAGAAGAAAAUUAUUCUUUACCUAGGCCAGAUUGUAUGUUUAAAGAAAAUCCGUGGUAUAUUAAAGAAUUACAGAUCUUGAAAGAUCAAUUAAACGAAGUGAAAAAUCGUCUAAAUAGUUUUAAUCUGGGUGAGUGGCAUGAACAUACAAGUAAUAGAAACAAAGCAGGACAAGUUCAAUACCGUGUACGAAGAGAUAUCAAACCAGAAUUAGUGACACAAGCUUGGUGCAAAUUUUAUGAAAUAUUAAGUUUUUUUGAUGUUGUGCCACAAAAUGAAAUUAUAAAAAACAAUAAUAGUUUUACUUCUGUGCACUUAUGUGAAGCUCCUGGAGCUUUCAUAACAUCCUUAAACCAUUGGUUGAAAACAAAUACUAGAUUUAAUUGGAACUGGUUAGCUACAUCACUAAAUCCAUAUUAUGAAGGGAAUUCUUUGAAUAAAAUGAUUAAUGAUGAUCGUUUCAUUAUACAUACAUUGAAUCAUUGGUGUUUUGGCAAAGACAACACUGGAAAUCUUAUGGAUUUAAAGAAUUUAGAUGAACUUGUAAAAAAGGCAAAAGUAAAUGAUAAUAUAUUAUUGAUUACUGCUGAUGGAAGUAUAGAUUGUAUGGAUGUCCCAGGUGAACAAGAAACAGUUGUAUCUCAUUUACAUUAUUGUGAAACAGUUGCUGCAUUACACUUAUUAAAUGAAGGAGGAAGUUUUGUAAUAAAAAUAUUUACUACUUUUGAGCAUAGUUCCAUAUGUCUACUUUAUUUAUUAUCUUGUUGUUUCUAUAAAGUAUUUAUAACAAAACCAGCUACUAGUAAAGAAGGAAAUUCAGAAACUUAUGUUGUGUGCAUGAAUUUUAAAGGAUCAGAAUAUAUUGCACCUUAUUUACGAACAUUACAGAAAUAUUAUGAAUCUGGUCCUAGUACAGCAAUAUUUUGUAGAAAGGAUAUUCAUCCUGACUUUAUAACAAAAAUAAUAAACUGCAGUCAGUUUUUUAAAGAGAUACAAACAUCUGUCAUAAUGAACAAUGUAAUAUCUUUUAAAUCUAAUGAAGAAAUUGAUAACAAAAUCAUAAAUGAAAUAAAGAUUAUACAAAAACUUGUUGCUGAAAAAUAUUUGAAAGAUUGCAACUUAAAGCCAUUACCACCAGGCUGUGAAAUAGUGGAAAAAGAUGAAUCAAGAAAUACAGUUUUUAUAAAAGCAGGUAGGAAACAAUUAUAUGAAUCAUAUGAUAAGCGCCGUGAAAAAGCAAACAAAUCACCAAUGCAACGUUUAAUAGAAUAUUGGGAUCUAACAAAAGAAAUCUUCAAUGGAGUAUUCAUGAGUAAAUCAUAUAAUUUUCAGUUUUCUGAUGAGCACAUAAUUCUAGAGUAUUGCAUAGGAAAACCAUUCUACAAAUUAUUUAAUUCGAGAUUUUGUAAUUCAAGAAUUUUAAAUAUACAAAUUGAUUUAGAAAAUAUUUUGGAUAUAUUGCACAUGAAAAAAUUUUUUCCUUCUAAUGAAGAUACACACAACUUAUUACAAGAAUUACAUACAACUUUAAAUUGCAAAAUAUUGUGUUUUCAAUACACAGAUAUUCCUUGUGAUUCUAAAAUUAUUUCAAGACUUUGUCAACUAUUGCAAAUGCUUGUAUAUAAAGACAGUCUUGUGUUAAUUGGUUAUUCUUUAUUAACACGUUUAAAUGUUAGUCUUCUCUAUCUUUUGAGUUACACAUUUCAUUCAAUAGAAUUACAAUCUCAUGAUAAAGUAGGAUGUUUAAUAAUCUUGAAAAACUAUAAAAAUGAUGCAAGCAUACUUAAAAUUUGGGAGAAAAUUAAUAUUACGGAAAAUGCAUUACGGACAGAAGGAAAAACUAUAUUGUCUUUACUUCCUGUAUCAUAUUUAUAUGAUUGGGCUGCAUAUCCUAAGAUUGUGGAGUGCAAUCACUGGAUUAUUAAGAAAUAUCUUAAUUAUCUUAUAAAUAAUGCAAUGGAAAAGAUUAAUCAAUGUUAGAUAAAUUUUUAUAAAAAAAAGCAUUAUAAUAGAGAUAUAAUAAAUAAUGUGUACUUAUCAAAAAUGUAU